UAACCGGGUGGCGAGGCCCCGCCCCUCUUCGGCCGGCCGCGAGUUCUUCGGACGCUGCCCGAAGCGGACCCCGGGGCUGCCGGGCUCCCGCGUCGGUUGGAUCCCGGAUCAUGGCGGUGCGGGGGCCUGCGCAGCGGGCUGGCGCCAGGCCCAGGUUAGAUCUGCAGUUUCUCCAGCGGUUCCUACAGAUACAGAAGGUUUUGUUUCCCUCUUGGUCAUCACAGAAUGCCUUGAUGUUCCUGACCCUUUUGUGUGUGGCCCUACUGGAACAGCUGGUGAUCUACCGGGUCGGCUUGAUCCCCAGUCAGUACUUUGGGGUCCUAGGAAACAAAGACUUAAAGGGGUUUAAGACCCUGACGUUCCUGGCUGUUGUGCUCAUCAUCCUCAACGCCAUGCUGAAGAGCUUUGACCAGUUCACCUGCAACCUGCUGUAUGUGAGCUGGAGGAAGGACCUCACCGAGCACCUCCACCACCUCUACUUCCGGGGCCGCGUGUACUACACCCUCAACGUGCUGCAGGAUGACAUCGAUAACCCGGACCAGCGCAUCAGCCAGGAUGUGGAGCGGUUCUGCCGGCAGCUCAGCAGCAUGGCCAGCAAGCUGAUCAUCUCCCCCUUCACCCUCGUCUACUACACCUAUCAGUGCUUCCAGAGCACUGGCUGGCUCGGGCCUGUGAGCAUCUUCGGGUACUUCAUCCUGGGAACCAUGGUAAACAAAAUGUUGAUGGGCCCCAUUGUGGUGAAGCUGGUGCAGCAGGAGAAGCUGGAGGGGGAUUUCAGGUUCAAGCACAUGCAGAUCCGGGUGAAUGCGGAGCCUGCUGCGUUUUUCAGAGCUGGGCACGUGGAGCACAUGAGGACAGACCGCAGGCUGCAGAGACUCCUUCAGACCCAGAGGGAGCUGAUGUCUAAGGAGCUCUGGCUGUACAUCGGUGUCAACAUGUUUGACUAUCUAGGCAGCAUCCUGAGUUACGUCGUGAUCGCAAUCCCCAUUUUCAGUGGUGUCUAUGGAGACCUGAGCCCCACAGAGCUCAGCACCCUGGUCAGCAAGAACGCCUUUGUGUGCAUGUACCUCAUCAGCUGCUUCACCCGGCUCAUCGACCUCUCCACCACGCUCUCCGAUGUGGCGGGCUACACACACAGGAUCGGGGAGCUUCAGGAGACCCUGCUGGACAUGACCCUGAAGUCGCGGGAUGGGGAGAUCCUGGACGAGAGUGAGUGGGACGUGGCCAGGGCCCCGGGAUGGCCAGCAGCAGAGCGCACAGAUACAGCUUUUUGCCUCAAGCGGGCCUGCAUCUGUGCCCCCUCCUCUAACAAACCCUUAAUCAAGGAUCUGAGCCUGAAGAUCUCUGAGGGGCAGAGCCUGCUCAUCACGGGCAACACGGGCACUGGCAAGACCUCCUUGCUCCGGGCUCUGGGUGGCCUCUGGGCGAGCACACAGGGCUCAGUGCAGAUGCUGACGGACUUUGGACCCCAUGGGGUGCUGUUCCUGCCACAAAAGCCGUUCUUCACUGACGGGACCCUUCGAGAGCAGGUGAUAUAUCCCUUGAAGGAGAUCUACCCGGACUCAGGUUCUACUGAUGAUGAGAGGAUCAUGAGGUCCCUGGAGUUGGCAGGCCUGUCCAGCUUGGUGGCAAGGACAGAGGGUCUGGACCAGCAGGUCGAUUGGAAUUGGUAUGAUGUUCUGUCUCCUGGAGAGAUGCAGAGGCUCUCCUUUGCCCGGCUCUUCUACCUGCAGCCGAAGUACGCAGUGCUUGAUGAAGCCACCAGUGCCCUGACCGAGGAGGUGGAGAGCGAGCUCUACCGCAUCGGCCAGCAGCUGGGCAUGACAUUCAUCAGCGUGGGCCAUCGGCGCAGCCUUGAGAAGUGGAAGGCCUCUCAUGCUCCUGACCCCUUCCUGUGAUGGACGUAUUGGGAGCAGAGCCAUGGAGAUAAAUCAGGGAGCCCUGGCUCAGAGGUGAGGAGUCAAGGAGGGGAGGAGGCCAUCCACCGCAGAGAAGAGUUAGUAUUGGGGGUGCUGGUCCGAGUGGGAAAUUAUUGCAGCAGACCAGGCUGGGCCCGAUCGGCCAUGACUAAACAGAGACUUCACUGUGGCCGAGUCAGGAGCAGCCAGGCAGGAGGAGGGGACAAGGGGGAGACCCAAGGGAGAAACAGGGGGCAAGGAACCACCAGGAGACGGAAGCAGUUGAGGCCAGCGCUCUUGAUCCAGUCUCAGCUCCCCAGACUGUGAUCUUGGGGAGCCGUGAACUGUGACACCCAGCAAGCAGAGCCCUGGGGUAAGAGAAGGGAAAGGAGCAGCCUCGGAGCUUGUUCUUACCCAAAGGAGCCAUCUGUUUUUUUCCCUCAAGGAAAGAAACUAGUUAUUUUUUUAAAAAUAAAUUAUUUACGCAACAUUUUUAGAUGGAUAGAAAAACAAUGAAAAUAGUACAGAGAGUUCUCGUAAAGCCCUCACCCAGUUUCAUCUUACACUAGUAUGGUACCUUCGCUACAAUUGAUGAACCAGCCACACCCUGAGGGAACAAGGUGUUGCAACUCUGGUGGGAGCAGAGGGAAGACCCCCAGGCCCCGCCGUGAGCUGGGAGUGCAGGAGGCUGGAUGGACCAGGUCCCAGAGACCCCCCCCAGAUCAUGGCCCCCUUAUUUGCAGGCCACAGGACUGGGCCUCAGGAGCCCCCCACCCCCACCUGCCACCCUCGGGCCAGCCAGACUCCUCAUCUAUUAUCCCCACCAGACCUGCUCCUCGGCUGCAGGCAGCCCUCAUAAAUCAGUCCCUCCUGCCCUUUUAUCACUCUCUGGCUGUUCUUGGCGCACGCAGCCACCUAUCGGCAGCCCGUUGGGCCUGCAGCGCAUGGCAUAAAAUCUCCCCUCCAGGCUCCACAGCAUCCUCUGGCAGAAGGCCCUCCUGGGGUGCAGUCAGCACCUAGUAGGGUUUCUCUUAGUUCUACACCCCAGGGCCCCAGCUGUUCAGGCCCUUCCUUUCCUGUCCUGUCUUCCCCUUUGCGGCAUCACAACCUCUCCCCUUAUUGAUUACAGGAGGCCUGUUUGCAUGUCCCUCCGCAGAGAGUGCACGCCUCUUCCCAGGGUAACUCCCCUAGGGUGGUUGCCCAGGAGGAUUUCUGGCAGCUCCCAAGCCUCUGAGUGUCCCACUUGUCCCUGAGAUCUAACUGGGGCUGGGGCAGCUGACAAGCCCCUCUCCCACCACCCUACCUCCAGCUUGAGGAGGCUGCCGGGGUGAGGCCACUCUC